CUUCAGAUCCCAGGCAGAGCUCAGACCUUUGAGACUCCAGAGAAUGCUGCUAAUCUACACUUGGGAGCAGGCUAUUAACUGACAGGUCGACCACUGUCUGGAUACCCUUGUACCCUGGGUGCAGAAGCAAAGAUGAAGAUUGGAAGGGAACACAGAAAAAGGCAAGUUCUGUUGAUCUUUCUCUUGCUGGGAGUGGUUGGGGCGGGCUCGGAACCCCGCCGCUACUUUGUGAUGGAGGAAACACCCAGUGGCACUGUUUUGGCAGAUCUAGUCCAGGACCUAGGGCUGGGAGUUGCGGAGCUAGCUGCUCGAGGAGCCCAGGUAGUCUCUGAGGAAAAGGAAUCCCGCUUGCAGCUGGAUCUACAGACUGGGAAGCUAAUCUUAAAUGAAAAACUGGACCGCGAGGAGCUGUGCGGCUCCACUGAGCCCUGUGUCACUCAUUUCCAAGUGUUACUGAAAAAACCACUGGAAAUAUUUCAAGCUGAGCUACGAGUAGGAGACAUUAAUGAUCAUUCUCCUGAGUUUCCUGAAAGAGAAAUGGCCGUGAAAAUCAUAGAGAAUAGCCCUGUUGGCACUGCGUUUCUACUCAAAACAGCUCAGGAUUUGGAUGUGGGAAAUAACAGCGUUCAGAACUAUAAGAUUGGUACCAAUUCUCAUUUCCAUGUUUCCAUCCGCAACCGAGGUGAUGGAAGAAAAUACCCAGAGCUGGUGCUGGACAAGGAGCUCGAUCGCGAGGUGCAGGCAGCGUUCAGAUUAACUCUGACAGCGCUAGAUGGCGGUUCUCCGCCCAGGACUGGCACCUCGCAAAUCCGCAUUGUUGUCUUGGAUGUCAAUGACAAUGCCCCUGAGUUUGCACAGGCUUUCUACCGGGUGCAAAUUCCAGAGAACAGUCCCUCGGGUUCCAUGGUUGCUAAGGUCUCUGCUAAGGAUUUAGACACUGGGACAAAUGGAGAGGUAUCAUACUCUCUUUUUCACAGUUCUCAGGAAAUGAGCAAAACUUUUGAGCUAAACGCCCUGUCAGGAGAAGUUCGACUAAUCAAAACACUGGACUUUGAGACAACACCUUCAUAUGAACUAGACAUAGAGGCAACUGAUGGCGGGGGUCUUUCUGGAAAAUGCUCUGUUUCUAUUCAGGUGGUGGAUGUCAACGAUAAUUACCCAGAACUAAUUAUAUCAUCGCUCACCAAUCCAAUCCCAGAAAAUUCACCAGAGACAGAGGUGGCUCUGUUUCGGAUUCGAGACCGAGACUCUGGAGAGAAUGGAAGGACAAUUUGUUCCAUCCAGGAUGGUGUUCCCUUUACACUGGAACCUUCCGUUGAGAACUUCUAUAGACUGGUGACAGAUGGAGCUCUGGACAGAGAGAUCAGAGCUGAGUACAACAUUACUAUCUCCGUCACCGACCUGGGCAUACCCAAGCUCACAACCCAGCACACCAUAACAGUGCAGGUGUCCGACAUCAACGACAAUGCCCCCGCCUUUACCCAAGUCUCCUACACCAUGCUCGUCCACGAGAACAACAGCCCAGCCCUGCACAUAGGCACCAUCAGCGCCACAGACUCAGACUCAGGCUCCAAUGCCCACAUCACCUACUCGUUGCUGCCGGCCCAGGAGCCACAGCUGGCCCUCAACUCACUCAUCUCCAUCAACGCUGACAACGGGCAGCUGUUCGCGCUCAGGGCGCUGGACUACGAGGCCCUGCAGGCCUUCGAGUUCCACGUGAGUGCCACAGACCGAGGCUCACCAGCGCUCAGCAGCCAGGCUCUGGUGCGCAUAGUGGUGCUGGACGACAAUGACAAUGCGCCCUUCGUGCUCUACCCGAUGCAGAAUGCCUCUGCGCCCUGCACAGAGCUGCUGCCCAGGGCGGCAGAGCCCGGCUACCUGGUCACCAAGGUGGUGGCUGUGGAUCGCGACUCUGGCCAGAAUGCCUGGCUGUCGUUCCAGCUGCUCAAGGCUACAGAGCCCGGGUUGUUCAGCGUGUGGGCGCACAAUGGUGAGGUGCGCACCACCAGGCUGUUGAGUGAGCGAGAUGUACCCAAGCACAGGCUGCUGCUGGUGGUCAAGGACAAUGGAGAGCCUCCGCGCUCUGCUAGCGUCACACUGCAGGUGCUAAUGGUGGAUGGCUUCUCUCAGCCCUACCUGCCUCUGCCAGAGGUGGUGCGCGACCCCAGUCACCAGGAAGGUGAUGUGCUCACGCUGUACCUGGUCAUAGCCUUGGCUUCUGUGUCUUCUCUCUUCCUCUUGUCUGUGCUGCUGUUUGUGGGGGUGAGGCUGUGCAGGAGGGCCAGGGAGGUCUCUCUGGGUGGCUGCUCUGUGCCUGAGGGACACUUUCCUGGCCACCUGGUGGAUGUCAGCGGGGCAGGGACCCUGUCUCAGAGCUACCAGUAUGAGGUGUGUCUUACAGGAGAUUCUCAGAGUAAUGAGUUCAAAUUCUUGAAGCCUGUGUUUUCUGGUAUUGUAGACCAAAACUAUGGUAGGCAACCAGAUGAUCAGUCCUUCUCAAGUGUUUUAGGUAUGUGAAACGUCACAUUUCGCUCUCUGUAUUCUUCUGUCGCUUUUGCUUUUGCAUUUUUUUUUCAAAUCUGGUAGUAAUGUUUACUUGUGUUUGUUUUUCCAUUUCUCUGCUAGUUUACAUAGUAUUGCUGUUGGUUUAUUAGCUUGUUAACUGUUUAAGUAUUUUUCCAAAUCUAUUGUUGCUGAACAUUUUACAUCAGGACACUUCACGCUCCUGAUUGAAUUUGCCAUAGUCUGUCCUAAAGAACGUGUAUUUUCUGUAAUGAAUAAAAUUCUAAUUACAAAAGUAUAUUUCCUGUCCUAGGGGAAUAGAUUAGUUUAUAGAGUGCUUGUGUGUUUGUUAGAGGCCUUAGGUUGGAUCCCUCCGUAAAUCCAGCACUUGGAGGUGGAGGCACGCUAUCAGAAUUCAAGGUCAUCUUCUACAUAGAGAAUGCAAGCUAAGCCUGGGCUAUGUGAUGAACAAGGUGGAUUAAGUCUCAAAAAUUAAAAAUAUAAUUCUGUUGUGUGUUCCCAUAGAAGAACAUAUGAUUUCUUUUAAAUAAUACGUCAUUUUAAAAUCGGAAGCCCUUAGUUUUAUUAUUUGCAUGGCUAUGACUUCAGUAGCCUCAUUUGUCUUUUCUUUGGAAGCAGUUCAUAUUCGUUAAUGUCAAGUUUCUUCCAGAUUCCCUAAUUAUGUUUUCUAUUCUCCAACACUGUAAAUAUCAUCUCAUGGAAACCAGACCCACAUCAUUCACUCUCUCUCUUAUAAAUUAAUAUUGAAAGGGGUAAAAUUAUCUUCAUUGUCUUUAGCUGAUGGGAGCCCUUGGCAUGAUACUGAUGACAUUAAGUCAAUCAGCUCCAGGAAGACUGAAAAGUGGGGUGUGUGUACGUGUGCGUGUGUGCGCGUAUGUGCAUGUGUGUGCAUGCGUGUGUGUACGAGUGUGUGUGUGCGUGUGUGUACGUGCGUGCGUGUGUGUGCGUGUGUGUACGUGUGUGUGCGUGUGUGUGCGUGUGUGUACGUGCGUGCAUGCGUGUGUGCGUGCGUGCGUGCGUGCGUGUGUGUACGUGUGUGUGUACGUGCGUGCGUGUGUGUACGUGUGUGUGCGCGUGCGUGCGUGCGUGCAUGUGCUUGCGUGCGUGUGUGUAUGUGCGUGCGUGUGCGUGUGUGCGUGCACGCUUUUACUUGUUAUAGUGGGAAAAUCCUGAUGUAAACCUCAAAUUCUGUCCUCAGGGUAGUUUCUGGUUGUACAGAAUGCCAUAUGUAAAUGCUUUGGGUGAUGAUAUUGCUGAUUGAUAAGAAAUUUGCAUUAUAUAGGAUUAACAUUAGUUAACUAAACAAAUUUUAGUAAGGAUGUGUUGAUGCAGUAUUGGAUGAUUUGGAGAAAAUAUUCAGAAAGAUUCCCCCAAAGAUGUUCAGUCCUGAUCACUAGAACCUGGGAAUAUUACUUUAUAUUGUAGAGAUAAAACAUGAACGAUAAGGUUGUUAAUAAGGUAAACCUAAAACAGGGUGUAUAUUCUAGAUCAUUUGGGUGGGUCUGAGAGAACCAGUGAAAAGAUUUAAAAGCAAAGCUGAAUCUACCCAGCGAUGUAGAAGAAUAGGCAGAGAUAGUGGCACAUGCCUUUAGUCCCACAUUUGGGAGGCAGAGACAAGCUGAUCUCUGUGAGUUCAAGGCGAGCUGCUCUACAUAGUAACUUCCAGGACAGCUAGAGCUACAAAGUGAGACCCUGUCUUGAAGAAAAACAUGAGAGAGAUGUGGGGGAGGAAAAAGAAAUUCCCUAAGGACUGUAAGUGUAUCUUGUGGCUCAGUGUUUCGACCUGACAUAUUCUGACUGUCAUACCACAAGGAAGUGACUUAUUCCACUUUGGGAGUUUACUAAAAAGUUCAAUAUCUGUGUUUCCUGAUGGCUCUCUUUCUCCAGUUGAAGCCUGAGGAUGCAGCUGAUGAAGACCUAAAAGAUGGAAGUGGAGCCAGGCAGUGGUGGUGCACCCCUUUAAUCCCAGCACUCAGGAGGCAGAGGCAGGCAGAUCUUUAAGCUUGAGGCCAGCCUGGUCUACAGAGGGACUUCCAGUACAGCCAGGGCUACACAGAUACACUCCGUUUUGGAGAGAAGUAUGGACAUGGGUUUUUAAUUGGGUGAAGGUGCAGAGACAGAAAAGGUUCAGGUUGCUUUGUAUAGACUUGGUAGAAAUGUGAUCUUAGCAAGUCUGCCAGUAAAGACACAAGAGGAAGUGAGGCGUGUGGUGCUCAUAAAACACUUUGGCUUAUAGAAUUUAUAAUUUAAAAGAACUAUGGGGAGAAAUCUGGACAUUAAAUUUAUUACUAGUAAGAGCCCAGGCAAGGAAAACACUAUUAAAAACUGGAGAAAUUUUGCAGAAAACUUAGCUGAAUCAUGACUUACAUUUUAUGAGAAAGAAAAAAAAAACUCAUGAAUUUGGGCAUUGGCAGAGGAAAUUUCCCGAAAAACUGCCAGAAGUACAACUUGAUUUCUUCUCACUGGUUAUAGUAAAAUAUCAGAUGAAAAAAAUACGCUGUACCCAGGACCUGAUGCCUGGAGGGAAACUCUGGAUGUAUCACAGGGCCCCCAGUGGAGAAGCUAGAGAAAGUACCCAAGGAGCUAAAGGGAUCUGCAAUCCUAUAGGUGGAACAACAAUAUGAACUAACCAGUACCACACCACCACCACCCCCGGAGCUCGUGUCUCUAGCUGAAUAUGAAUCAGGAGAUGGCCUAGUCGGCCAUCAGUGGAAAGAGAGGCCCAUUGGUCGUGCAAACUUUAUAUGACUCAGUACAGGGGAAUGCCAGGACCAAGAAGUGGGAGUGGGUGGGUGGGGGAGUGGAUUUUAUUAGUGCAUUUUUAAUGAAUUUUUCUGCAUGUAUAGGUAUAAUGUGAUGCUAAUUGCAGUAAUUGUAUAACAUACUCUGUGACUGAAAGAACUUUCAGAAGUUGGUCCCAUCUUUCUGUUCUCCACUGUGCCUGCUAAUGGGUUAGAAAGUAGCAAGUAUUAUUUUCUCCAGGCUAUUGUUAUUAACAGCCAAUCAGUAGGAGUAGUUCUUGUCCUUUGGAAGCAAUGAUGACAAAUUUUUAAAUAAUGUUGCUUUGAAUAGAAAACAAGAGAAGUAAGUUUAUUACUGGUAUAUUUAGAUUUGGACUUUCUCUUAAUUUGUCUAAAAAAAAUCAUACUCGGAUCAAUCCUAUAAGCCUUCUCAUAUGUUGAGUUGUUUUGAAGCAGGCCCAGAGAUUCAAAUUUGUUAGGUCAGUUCAUCCAGGUUCCCAUUGUCUUAUAAGUUAUCUGGCAGUUGCUUCUCCCUCUAUUUUAUAAAGGUUUGUAUGAGGUAUUUGUGAUUGUUUGAAUGAAAAUUGUCUCCCAUAAGCUAAUGUAUUUGAGUACUUAGUCCCCAGAUUCUGGAUAUGUUUGGGGAGGCAGUAAAGGUCGGCUGGAGAACGCACCUUACUGCUGGUGGGCUUCAAGAGUUCAUAGCACUACUCCACAUCCAGCUUCCUCUCUUCCCUUGGUGUUUGGGACUGAAGAUGUGAUCUGUCAGCUGCUUGCUCUGCUGCCUGCUGCUGUACCUCACCAACCAUUGUAUAUUCUCCCUCUGGAAAUGUAAGCAAAAAUAAACUCUUUCUUCCUUCAGGCUCA